UUUGUUUGGUUUAGUCAUUAUUAGAAAAUUGCUGAUGCGAGUGGAAAACACUGUCGAAUAGUACGCGCGCGGAAAGUGAAUUACGCAAGUUAAGUGAAGAAAAAAGUAUGCUGAUUGAACAAGUAAAAGCUUCUGGCGGUGUUUCAAUAAUUGCAGACCUACAUCCACUACAAUAAACGAAUUGGCAAGCACGGGAUUACAAACAAGCUGCUAGCAGGAGUUUGAUUUGAUUCUCAUUCGUUUCAUUAAAUCAAUGUUUUGGUACUACCUCGUCUGUUUCACUAUAUUGUUUUUAAUACUUCUUUAUCUCGAUUGUUGCAAACCGGGAAACUUCCCACCUGGACCAACAUGGUACCCGAUUAUUGGCAGUGCACUAGAAAUAAUGAGCGGUCGACAUAAAACCGGCAUGUUAUGUAAAGCCAUCGAUUUGAUAGCAUCAAGAUAUAAACAUAAUGGAGCUAUCGGCUUCAAAGUUGGUAAAGAUAAAAUUGUUAUGGCCGUUUCUGGCGAAUCAUUGCGCGAAAUGAUGAAUAACGAAGAUCUAGACGGCAGACCUACUGGUAUUUUUUACGAGACAAGAACGUGGGGCAUGCGAAGAGGCAUUUUACUAACAGAUGAAGAGUUCUGGCAAGAACAGCGACGAUUCAUUGUACGACAUUUGAAAGAAUUCGGUUUCGCUAGAAGAGGAAUGGCCGAGAUCAUUCAUAAUGAGACUGCGAAUAUUAAACAAGAAUUCUACAGUUUGAUUGCAUCUGGUAAUGGUAGUGCUCUGGUACAGAUGCAGAGUGUGUUCUCUGUAUACAUUCUAAACACGUUAUGGUUAAUGAUGGCCGGAAUUAGAUACACCAAAGACAAUAAAGAUUUAAAAUACCUACAGAAAUUACUACACGAGUUAUUCGAAAAUAUUGAUAUGAUGGGAGCUCUAUUUAGUCACUUUCCGUUUAUGCGAUUUUUCGCUCCAAGGUUCUCCGGAUAUAAUCAGUUUGUCGAAAUUCACAAUAAAAUGCAUAAAUUCAUUGGCGACGAAGUUGAAAACCAUAAAAAGACAUUUAAUGUCAAUGAUGAACCACGUGAUUUAAUGGAAGUGUAUCUAAAAAUUUUGCAAUCAAACGAAAUUAACUCGGAAAGCUUUUCGCAAGAGCAGCUCUUAGCCGUUUGUCUCGAUAUGUUUAUUGCUGGCUCGGAAACAACAACCAAAACACUCGGAUUUGCUUUUUUAUAUCUAAUCAGGCAACCGGAAACCCAGAAAAAAGUACAAAGAGAGAUAGAUGAAGUGAUUGGUCGAGAUCGUAUUCCUACACUGGAGGACAGAGCAAAUAUGCCGUACUGUGAAGCAGUCGUGUAUGAAGCUUUGCGCAUGUUCAUGUCUAAUACAUUCGGUAUUCCACAUCGAGCGCUACAAGAUACGAAAUUAUGCGGAUACGACAUUCCAAAAGAUACUAUGCUGGUCGGAAUGUUCAGGGGAAUGAUGUUAAAUGAAUGGGAGUUUCCUCAUUCAUUUAUGCCAGAACGGUUUCUAAAAGAUGGAAAAAUAAUAAUACCUCCUCAUUUUCAUCCCUUUGGCGUUGGCCGACAUCGCUGUAUGGGCGAGAUGAUGGGCAGAGCUAACCUUUUCCUGUUUGUAACCACAUUAUUCCAAUCGUUCAAUUUCUUGAUUCCAGAUGGUGGACCAGUGCCAUCAGAUAACCCUAUCGAUGGAGCUACACCUAGUGUGCGACAAUACACAGCAUUGGUUGUACCCAGAUAAUGUUUCUACUACAUUAUAAUGAAGAUAUCAAUAAA